CCACCUCGACUUGUCUCUACCAGGUACGAGUAAAGCAGUAUACACGAUGAAGACCAUAAUCGUUGUCCUAGUACUCCUUGUCAGCCUGGCCUUUGCUCAACGAGGACCAUUCAAGUACAGAGACUGUGGCUCGAAAGCCAAAAUCCUUUCGGUCGAAGUAGAGCCGUGUGACUCCGACCCCUGCGUAUUCAAGCGUAGUAAAACGACAAAGGUCAUCUUCUCGUUGAUUUCAGACCAAGACAGCGAUACGCUUAAGCUUGAAGCCAAGAUGAAAUUUUUGGGCUUCUGGGUAUCCGUUCCCGGUGUGGAGAAUAACCUGUGCAAGCGUGGCAUCGAAUGCCCCAUCGUGAAAGGAGACGCCAUCAAGGGCACCAUGGAAUUGGACCCACCGUGGUACAUACCUAAGAUGAAAACUGACGUGGAGAUCAAGAUUCGUGGUGAAAAGGGAAUGAGCGUGUGCCUCAAAAGCACCGUUGUCAUCGGAUGACAGUCAUCAAUACACAUAAUGCACUAACCAGUACCGCUGCUAGCAGGCGAGUAGGCAUUCUGUUUAAUAAUAGUGUUACGGCCAACGUUAUGGCACAUGCUCGAUUGUCUUCACAAAGAUGUGCUCUCAAUUAUCUGCUUUAAUAA